CUCGGCCAGCUAAACACUCACGAUCGCAUUCUAUAAAUAUCGACACCCGUCUUCCUCCCGUUUCAUCAAAUCCAAGAACUCUCAAUCAGCCAGCCCACAGCCAAUUAAUCUCGCUAGAGGGCCGGCCGGCCGGCUAGCUAACCACGAGAGAGAAAAAAAAAGAUCGCGAUUGCUUUCGCGCGCGCGCUGCGAGAGGCGCCCCGGCCAUGUCUUCCUCCCCAGCAGACCUCUCCUGCGUCCUCCCCCGCGUUCUCAUCGUCUCGCGCCGCACUGUCCGCAAGAACAAGUUCGUCGACUUCGUCGGUGAGUACCACCUGGACCUCAUCGUGGGCUACGGCGCGGUGCCGGUGAUCGUGCCGCGCGUGGCGGGCGUGCAUGCGCUGCUGGACUCGUUCGAGCCCAUCCACGGCGUGCUCCUCUGCGAGGGCGAGGACGUGGACCCGUCCCUCUACGAGUCCGCCGACGCCUCGCUCUCUCCGGAGCAGCUGGAGGCCGUGCGGCGCCUGCACGCGAGCGACGCGGCCGUCGACCGCGAGAAGGACUCCAUCGAGCUCCGCCUCGCGCGCCGCUGCCUGGAGCGCAACAUCCCCUACCUCGGCAUCUGCCGCGGCUCGCAGGUGCUCAACGUGGCCUGCGGCGGCUCGCUGUACCAGGACGUGGAGCACGAGCUGGCUGAGGUCCAGCAGGUCCAGCACAUCAACUACGCCGACUACGACGAGCACCGCCACCCGGUGCGCGUCGUGCCCGGCACGCCGCUGCACGAGUGGUUCGCGGGCGACCUCGCCGACGGCGCGCGGCUCAUGGUCAACAGCUACCACCACCAGGGCGUGCGGCGCCUGGCGCAGCGGUUCGUGCCCAUGGCGUUCGCGCCGGACGGGCUCGUCGAGGCGUUCUACGACCCGGCGGCGUACAGCCCCGGCGAGGGCAGGUUCAUCAUGGGCCUCCAGUUCCACCCGGAGCGCAUGCGCAGGCCAGGCUCCGACGAGUUCGACUACCCCGGCUGCGCCCGGGCGUACCAGGAGUUCGUCCGCGCCGUGGUCGCGUACCAGGAGAAGACGGCGGCGGCGGCUACGCACUUGCCCCGGCCGGGCGCCGCGCUCCCCCUCCCCGCGUCGUCGUCGCCCAAGCUGAGCAAGGAGAUGGAGAGGCGGCGCAAGGUCAUCUCCCGGAGCUUCUCGCUCGCCAAGGACAUGUACCUCUCCGGCGGCCGCACCAAGCCGGCGGAGCAGCGCGACCUCGAAGCCGGCGCCGAGUUCCUCGAGUCGAACACGGCGUCGCUGAGCGUGCAGCAGGAGAAGCGGCUGAAGCAGAUGGGCGCCACGGUGCGGAACGCGUCAGGGUACCUCAACAGCCUCAAGGUGAAGGGCGUACGCGAGGCGGCGGCGCGGGCACUCAUGGCGGAGAUGACCGUCAACCAGAUCUCCGACCUCGUCACCUUCUACCAGACAAUGGGCAAGAUCUGUUCCGAGGUGCUCGAUGCCAAGCUGCAGGGUUUGCACCUGAGCACGAACCUGUACGAAUGAAUUAAGACUCAGCGUGCAGUGUAUCAACCUAUAUGGGUGUUCCCACUCCUGCUUGCGGAUCCUGGAUCCCUGAUGUUAUUGGCAUGAUAAAUCAAUGUCGUCAAGGCAGAUGUCUAUUGAUUGUUAAUACCAUCGUGAUACUGU